AUGUCCAGACCUUCAUGUUCCCUGGUUCCCCUGAAGGACACCCAGAUGUUAGCAGCUGGACCGAUCCAGAUGUUAGAACUUAACCUCAGAGGAAGCUCCUCAGAAGACAUGGCUGCCCUUGGACGACCUUUCACCUUAGGGAUGUUGUACGACAGACGGAGAGAUGAGCUGAUCCCAGGUUUCACAUUGUGGGAUGAAAACACCCUGAAACCAAAUAUAGUGGAGACUUGUCAGCACAGCAGUAGGUCUGAAAUCACUGCCUCUGAUUCCAUUGAAUCCAAGUCCUCUCUGCUGGAUGUUGAUGCUUCCCUGAAGGCCAGUUUCCUGAGUGGACUGAUUGAAGUUGGAGGAUCUGCCAAGUAUCUGAAUGACAAGAAGAAGUCCAAGAAUCAGAGCAGAGUGACGCUUCAGUACAAAGUUACCACCAACUUCCAACAGUUGUCUAUGACAAACAUUUCAUCGAUGAGCCCUAAACAGAUCGGUGUUAUUGAAAAGAGUUCUGCGACACAUGUCGUCACUGGCAUCCUUUAUGGGGCAAACGCUUUCUUUGUGUUUGACAGUGAGAAGUUAGAUGACAGCAGUGUUCAGGACAUCCAGGGCAGCAUGAAAGCUGUGAUAAAGAAGAUCCCCUCAUUUAAUAUUGACAGAAAAAUUGGCAUCAAGCUGACAGAAGAAGAGAAGAACACAACUGACAAGUUUACCUGCAAAUUCUAUGGAGACUUCAUUCUUGAUGACAACCCUGCAACAUUUACAGACGCUGUGAAGACAUACAUCCAGCUUCCAAAACUACUGGGAGAAAAGUAUGAAAAUGUGGUUCCACUGAAGGUCUGGGUGAUGCCUUUGAAGAUGUUACAUACAAAAGCUCCCAAGGUGAUAACUGGGAUCACUGUCGGACUCGUACGAAGGGCUCAAGAUGCUCUGCAGGAUCUGCAUCAUCUGGAAAUUUGCUGCAAUGAUAUUCUCAAUGAUAAAGUGGUGAAAGCUUUUCCAAACAUCCAAGAAAAGUGGAGCACCUUCCAGAAACUCUGCAUGUGUUUCAGGUCUGCACUCCAAGAGACAAUCGCCAAGAAACUUCCCUCCAUCAGGGCAGGUGAAGAAGACGAGAAGGAGUUAGAAAAGGUCUUUGAUGAUAAAGACAAGUCACCUUUCAGUCACCAGAAGUUAACCAAGUGGAUAGAAGACAUGGAAAGAGAAGUUAACGUCAUCCGUUCAUGUGUAGAGGUAAUGGAGGGAAUAAAGAUCAUCUCAAACCAGUCAGAGCUGGACAGAGUGGUUCUAGAUCCAAAAGUAGAGGAUGUUCUCUGCUUUGUUUUCACCUCCUUGGAACCUGCUGAUCCCUAUCUUCAGGAAAUGUCUGAGUACUUGGACUCAGUGAAGUUAGAAGGCAGUGGGGGAGUCCUUCUACCGACCCAGGACCAGUGGUUCUUCUCAGAUGAAGUGAUCAAAGAAAUGAGACAAAAAGCCAGAGUUAUUCAUCACCUAGCCAAAGAUCUCAAGAACAAUCGCCAACUUUGCUUCCUUGUAGCAGCAUUUUCAAAUGUGGAACACAAAGGAGCAAGCAUCUACCACUACAGGAACGCCAGUCUGGUCACUGAUGACUUCUCCAGGCCUGAUGUCACUGAUGUGGAAAACAUAAAAGACAGAAGGGAUUUGAUCUGGUAUGCCUGUGAUCUCACCCUGGAUAGUGCUCACUGCAACCUCACUCUGUCCGAUGGAAACAAGAAGGCGACUCACGGACAGAGGCAGCCGUAUCCCAACUUCCAUCAGAGGUUUGAUGAGAUAGUCAAGGUUCUGUGCAGAGAGCCACUGAUUAGGCGCUGUUACUGGGAGGUGGAGUUCAACAUGGCUGAAAAAGCAGCUGCUGGUGUUUGCUACAUCGGUACAGAGAGCGAUGGAAAAAGUAACUUGAAAGCGACUGGAUUAAACCACUUUUCCUGCUCUGUUGGCUACAAGUGGAUACCAGAGCCGAUUUUCUACAUAGAGUAUCGAGGCAGUGGUGUCAAUGAACGUCCUCCUUCCGGCAGUGCCCGACUGGGUGUGUACCUGGACUGGUCUGCAGGAACUCUGUCCUACUAUACGGUCUCAGCCAACACACUGACCCACAUUCAUACCAUACGCACUACAUUCUCAGGGCCUGUUUAUGCUGCCUUCAAGCUCUGGACUGAAGGCAGCUACAUAUCCUUGUGUCUGUAAACUUGGUGUUGCAUGAUCCACAUCAAUUUCAGUUCAUCUGAGUUGUAGAAAUAUAUCAUGCAUACCUUUCAUGAAUAGUAUCUGUCUGGACCUGGACUUGUAGUCAGGAUCACAAUAGUCCAGACUCUGAGCAGCUUUCUCUCUGUUUUUUUCUCUCUGCACUGAUCAGCUGCAGUGCAGAGAGGGAGGGAGGGGAGAGGUAACCAGGCAGAGGAGCAGACAGCAGGAAGGGAGGGUCAGACAGGAGCCGUGACAGUGAGGGUGAUGCAGAGUAGACUGGUGGAAAUGAGCAGCUGGAAGCAGUGAGCUGGAGGAAGGUCAGCAGCAGCAUCCCACAGUGGACAUGAUGGAGACUGGACCAGCUGGUGGAACAUCAACCACAGAUCUGAAGCAUCCAGCUCUGGGACCAGGGACACUCGGAGAAAUAGCACAGGGGGAAACAGAGUUGGUGUAAUGCAAUAACGGUGUAUAUAUUAAAUCUAAAGGUAGAUAGAGAAGGGCUCAGUGCAUCCAGAGAAGUCCUCCAGCAGCCUAUAGGCCUAUAGCAGCAUGACUAGAGGCAGAACGAAGGGACAUCCAAGAGGGAGACUCCAGACGACCCCCUCAUGAUCACCCAGUCAGCCCUAAUAUAAGAUCUGUCAAAAAGGAACGUUUUAAGCCUGGUCUUAAAAACCGAGAGGGUAUUUGCCUCCAGAACCCAAACUGGGAGCAGGUUCCACAGGAGAGGAGCUGAUAACUGAAGGCUCUGCCUCCCAUUCUACUUUUAGAGAUUCUAGGAACAACAAGUAAGCCUGAAGUCUGAGAGCGAAGAGUUCUACUAGGAUAAUAUGGUACUAACAGAUCUUUAAGAUAAGAUGGAGAUUGGUUAUUAAGAGCUUUAUAUGUCAGAAGAAGGAUUUUAAAUUCUAUUCUGGAUUUAACAGGAAGCCAGUGAAGAGAAGCAAGUAUAGGGGAAAUAUGAUCAAUUCUGGUUUAGGACAGUAUAUACAGCUGCCACUCAGUAAAGAUGAUGCUUCAGAUUGCUCAGACUCUGCCCUAUAACCAUGAUGACUUGGAUGAUCCAUCCAUCCAUCCAUUCUCUAUACACCGCUUUAUCCUCACUAGGGUCAUGGGGGGUGCUGGAGUCUAUCCCAGCUGACUGGGAUGAAGGCAGGGGACACCCUGGACAGGUCACCAGUCUGUCACAGGGCUACAUAUACAGACUCACAUUCACACCUACGGACAAUUUAGAGUAACCAAUUAACCUCAGCAUGUUUUUGGACUGUGGGAGGAAGCCGGAGUACCCGGAGAAAACCCACGCAUGCACAGGGAGAACAUGCAAACACCAUGCAGAAAGAUCCCAGGCCCAGGCUGGGAUUUGAACCGGGGAUCUUCUUGCUGCAAAGCCAAAGUGCUGACUACUACACAAUGUGCAGCCCUACUUGGAUGAUGUUGAUGAUUUUUGGAUUGUGUAGUUUCAUAAUUAGCAUGAUGUAACCACUCAGUUAUAUUCAGCUAGCUCACAUAACAGGAUGUUGUAUGUCCACAAAAACAGCCUUUCCUUCACACGCUUUGUGAUAAAAUUAACUCAAAGCUCUGCAGGUUACACGUUGAUGCAUGUGUGUGAUGUGUACAUACUCUGGCUUGUUGAAUAAAGUGAUUUGAUUGGGUAAUGUGAUGAAUGCUUCUUCAAAGACACUGCAUGGCUCUGUGUGUUUGGUUCUGGUCUCCCCUGAGAUCACCUGGUCUCCUCAGUGAGCCUGCUGAGAUCAGCUCCUGGUCUGGGUGGACCCGGACUCCUCUCACGGAUCCAUGCAGGCGUCUCCACCUUCACAUCUCAGAUCACCCGGUCUCACGGGGAUUCGUGAAACUGUCACGUAAGUUUCGGUUUCGUGCGCACCAACACGAUUUCGUCAUGUUUUUCGUGCCGCUCACCACGAAAUGUUUUUCGCUGUGGUAAUCACAUCUGAAAGUGGUUUAUACCGGUGGAUUCAUGACGAUCUAAGCUGUCCAUCGGCGUAUACUGCUUGUGUGAUUGCGUUUGCGGCCGCCGGCCGCCGGACAUUCUUGAUAUUCCUAUGCAAAUUGGUAAGUGUACCACCGGCUUAUGGUUAGGUUAUGGUUAGGUUAUGGUUAGGAUUAUGGUUAGGGUUAUGUUUAGGGACGAUGUCAUGCAAAAUAUAGCGUUGGAUUCGCCACGGUUUUACAUUAAAAAUAUAAUAUACACAUUCUUUUGAAAUACGUUCUGAGUGGCACGAAAAGUCCGCCGUUUAAAAUACAUUGGUGCGCAUUUCGUGGUGAGCGGCACGAAAAACAUGACGAAAUCGUGUUGGUGCGCACGAAGCCGAAACUAAAACUUACGUGACAGUUUCACGAAUCCCCGUGAGAUCGGGCUGGAUCAGCUCGUAUGGCAUGGGCUGAUCCUCGUGUCGUUUCGGAGCAUCUGUUGUGGUCGGGCUAAAUAAGACUUGCUCUGCUUGAUAUUUUAGAUGGCCUUAGAAUGGCCAAUGGGGGAAUUGUUGUAGAAAUAUAUCAUGUAUACCUGGAUGAAUAGUAUCUGUGUGGACCUGGACUUGUAGUCAGGAUCACAACAGUCCAGACUCUGAGCAGCUUUCUCUCUGUUUUCCAUGAUGUUUUGUUGUGACCAGCGUCAACCACUAAGGUCUCACAACUCUGAUAACUCCUCAGCUGUGUUUUC